AUGGUUCUGUUUGACAUGCAACAACAACUUACCCUGAAAAUAACUAACAAUAGUACUCAACAAGAAAUUAUCCUUACUUUAGUAUAUGCCAAAUGCGAGCACAUUGAGCGUAUAGAAUUAUGGGACACGCUGUAUGCUCUGGCAAGUGACAUGACUAAACCAUGGAUAGUUGGUGGGGACUUCAAUGUAAUAUGGGAUGAGGAGGAGAAAUUUGGUGGAUUACCGGUACCACUAAAUGAAGUGGACGACUUUGGGCAAUGUAUUAACACAUUCAACCUCAAUGAUCUUGGAUUCAAGGGAAGCAUAUUCACAUGGUGGAAUGGUCGGGGUGAAGAGGACAGUAUCUUUACACGAUUGGAUCGAGUUUUGGGCAACAUGGAAUUGCAGCAACUGUUCCCGGGGUUGGAGGUGACUCAUUUAUCUAAAAACUGUACCUUCCAAGAGGUUGUAACAGAGAAUUGGGUGGAUGACUCCUUGGCAGGCUAUCAAGGUAGUACUUUCACAAUUUUUAACAAUAAAUUGAAGAAGCUUAAAAGGGCUUUAUCUCUUUGGAGUAAGGCUACUUUUGGGGAUAUUUUUCAAAAGGUUGCAAGUUUAGAAGAGGUAGUACUGGUACAUGAAGCACAAUUGGAACUGAAUCCAACAAGAAUGAACAGAGAGAGGCUCAAUAAGGUUCAAACAGAACUUAUUAGAUAUCUAGCUCUAGAAGAACAUUUUUGGAAGCAGAAGGCAGGCAUGGCAUGGUUUAAAGAUGGGGAUCGCAAUACUAAAUUCUUUCAUGCUCAAGUGAACAGGAGAAGAAAAAGACUACAGUUAAAGAAAAUUCAAAACAGUGCAGGCAGCUGGAUAGAAGGAAAUGAGCAGAUGGCUGAAGAAGCAAUCAAUUUCUUUCAAUAUCAGUUCCAUGAAGAUGUGGUGCCAACCUCAUUUGAGAUCAUAGUUCAUGUCCCAAAUAUGAUUUCGGUGGAACAGAAUCAGGAAUUACUGAAGCAGCCUACGAAAGAAGAAGUGCAAUAG